UGCGGGGCUUUCGAGUUUUUACAAGUGGAGUUAGCGCUAGAGCUGAGAGAGAGAAAGCCAGAGAGAGAAAGAGGAGGAUUUUGGAUGAACGUAUAUUCAUUGGGAGGUGCUAGUCAUGGGGAGGCAACCGUGCUGUGACAAAUCCGGGGUGAAGAAAGGACCGUGGACGGCGGAGGAGGACAAGAAGCUCAUCAACUUCAUCCUCACCAACGGCCACUGCUGCUGGCGUGCCGUCCCUAAGCUUGCCGGCCUCCGCCGCUGCGGCAAGAGCUGCCGCCUCCGCUGGACCAACUACCUCCGCCCCGACCUCAAACGCGGCCUCCUCAGUGAGGCUGAGGAGCAGCUCGUCAUCGACCUCCAUGCCCGCCUCGGCAACAGGUGGUCGAAGAUCGCGGCAAGGUUGCCCGGGAGAACCGACAACGAAAUAAAGAACCAUUGGAACACCCACAUCAAGAAGAAGCUGCUCAAGAUGGGGAUCGAUCCCGUGACCCACGAGCCCUUGAACAAGCCUCAGAAAACUCCAUCCGAACACGACCCGGAAGCUUCUCUGUCGUCAUCGCAAGCGGACCCUACGUCCGAAUCGCCCGCCAACACGCACCAACCCAACAACGCUCACGCGGACGAGUACAACUCGUCCUCGUCCUCCCCGUCGGCCUCGUCCGCCGAGAACUGUUGCUCCGGCAGGGACGAGUCCACGGUCUUGCUCGAGUACAUCUGCAGUGGCGGUGGCGGUGACGACGACCAGUCGUUCUUGAUGGACAGCUUGUGGGUGGACGAAUCGCAGCCGGCAGGGCCACCCACCUUUGACGUCUCGCCGAAGGAAAACCCCAGUGGCGGCGGCGGUGGCGACGUGGCGGGCUUUUUCCCAUCUUGGCCGGACGAGAACGAGAGCUUCUCGUGGUUGUUGGGGGGUCAAGAUUACGGCAUCCACGACUUUGACGGGUUCGACUGCUUCGGCGACGACGGUACGAUUAGCAUCCUCGACGGUUUAGACUUAGAGAUGACCGACAAGAUAUUUUAGCAUUGAAAGAGACGAUCGGACUCUGUUUGCAACAAGAAUACGUGAAGAUGUAUCAAUCGUAAUCAUCACCUCCCUGUGCAUACGUUCGUUCGUAGGAAAUGUUUCUUUCUUAGUUUGAAAUUGUCCCUUAGGGUGAACAGGUAAAAGUGUAGUUGGCCAAAGCAGGUCGUCACGACGAGGAUGUUGAUGGGGAAACCCUGGCGAAUCGCUCGAAGGUGGGGGACCAUUCGGUGGAUCAUGUACUAAGUCACGUCUUAAUCCAAAGACGAAAAGACAUGUAGGGAUUAUAAACAUGCGACGUUGGAUUAGUGUUUCGAGGUGGUGGUGGUGGGGUUUUGAUUUAAGUGGAAGCCCCCUCUUUGUAUAUAUAGCUUUAAUGUGCAGUGGAUCUAUAAAAUGAAAAAAAAAAAAAAGAGAGAGAAGAAGGCAAGGACUUUUUGUUACUUUCCUCCUACCAUAUUAUUAUUGAUGAAUUAUCGUAAUUUUUUU